AUGAGUGAAACGUGCCAAACCAACGGCUACGAUACGGUUCACGCAGUGGAUUUUUACCAUUCAAUGACUCAAAUCCCUGGCUUUUUGCAGGAUGCCGCAGUCUACCUUGACGGCUAUCGAAAAACAUUACAGUUGCAAACCACGAAGAAAAGACCUUUCGUGGUUCUGGAUGUUUGUACGGGAACUGGACGAGUUAUCCGAGACCUAGUGGCCCACCUAUCGGAGCACGACGCAGACCUUCACGCCACCAAAUUCAUCGGGUUAGACAUAUCGAGGCCCAUGCUGGAUCAGGCAGCCAAGCUUCCACUGGCAUCCCCCACCGCCGAUGUAACUUGGAUUGAAGGCUCCGCCCUGAAUCUCCAUGAGGUCCCUGCUUUCCGAGAUGGCGUGUUGAAGGCUGAUUUGCUGAUAGUCGCCUUCAGCUCGAUUAGCCACUUUAUCGAACCGGGCCAGGUCGCCCAGUUUCUCAGGGAGGUUGCUCGCGUGCUCCAACCAGGGACUGGUAGAGCAUACAUCUCGUUGCGCGAUAUUCCCGCAACCUUUCAAUCGGAUAUGGCCCCGGCUGAAGGCGACACCAAUAGCACGGACCUUCCCAGUCUUGUGUUACCAGGAAUUACCUAUCGUCAGAUUGGCAAUGAUGUUCAAGUCAAGGACGGUGUGGUUUAUGUGGUGAGCAAUGUGCAAGUAAUGUCGGGCAAGGGGGAUACCCUCAGCACCGAAUCCGCUACUACGGCAUUUCGCAUCUUGGGGGAUGAUGAGCUCCGCACCCUUGCUUCGAGCGUGGGAUUGGACGUGAUGGAGACCGUGAAAGCAGGAGAGGAGACCUAUUACGUGUUCCAAUCCCCUUGA